CCUCAACUCCAAAAGUUUAGAAAUCUUGAUGCCCGACAUAAGGGGAGACCAACUGAUACAUCGGACGAAGAAGGCAAUGAUGACCGAGGCGCGAAUAUGUACCUUUUCCUCCAAAACAUCUGAGACAUCACACGCGGAGAACAAGAAAAUGAAGCUGAGCUUAUCACUGAGGUUUUCACACCAUGGUUCAAUACCUCGGGUGAAUACUAACACUAAACAACUUGGCACCUCCCGGCGUGAAGUCAAAGCAUAUGCUAGAGAAGCUCAAAAUUCCGGGAAGCGUGUACUGAAUGUUGACUUCCGCGAUAUUAUUAAUACCCGAAAUCGUCCCAUCACGUUUAAUAUAGAACAUGAAAGUUUAUUCGCUCACCCACAUUUUGAUGCCCUCAUUAUCACUGCCCCAAUUGGAGGAAUCCCAGUACAUAGGAUUAUGUUUGAUCCUGGGGCCUAUUCUAGCAUUUUUAUGCUGCGAACUUUCAAGAAGAUGGAAUUGGAUCCUGCUGAUAUGAGACCAUGCAACGAUCAAAUUCAAGGAUUUAACGGGAGCCCGGUGCAUACCCCAUUAAUUCAAUUCUUUCAAUCUAAUUUCAAUGUAUUUGUAUGGAAGCACGAGGAUAUGGAAGGAAUUGACCCCGAAAAAUCUUGUCAUCGACUCAAUGUUGACAGAACCGACAAGCCAAACAUUCAAAAGUGGCGAAAGUUUAGCCCUGACCGUCAAAAGGCCUUAGAGGAAGAA